CCCUCCCUCUUUCCCUCAGGUACAUUCAGCCAUUCAGCCAUGGCGCUGCUGAGGAAGCUCUUCGCCCGGAAGGCCAUGGAUGGACUGUCUCACGUCUCCGAGCGGGUCUUCGUGUUCAACUCCUGCUUGUCGAUCGGAGCCCUCGACGAGCGCGCGCACAAGGAUUACCUGACCAGCACCAUCAUCCAGCUCAAGGCCGGCAACCCGCACGCUUCGCUCAUGGUCGUCAACUUCGCCGCGGCACCGACCGGAGCCGACGCUGUCCACUCCCUCCUCGGGCAUGGCGCCGCCGCCGUCGUCGCCGACUACCCAUCCCGGUACGGCGGCUAUGGCGCGGCGUGGCCUGCCCUCGCGUUCGCCAUGGCCAGCUUGCUGGUGUACAUCGAGGAGGCCGCGCCGGAGCGGACGACGCUCGACGCAGUGUAUGGGAGAGCGCCGGUGGAGCUGCUCAGCGCAUGCUCGGCGCUCGACCCGCGGCCGUCUCAUCUGAGGUACCUGCAGUAUGUGACGAGGCUCAGGGACAAGGGGGCCCUCAUGGGCAUGAAGCAGCAGCCCUUCGUCCUCGACUGCCUGAUACUCAGAGCUGUCCCGGAUUUCGACGGCAGCGGCGGAUGUAGGCCGGUUGUUCGUGUCCAUGGCGAGCCGCGUGAGCCAUCAGCCGAUGUUUCUUCGACGGAGGUUCUGUUUAGCACACCAAGGAUCAAGCAACAGUUCAAGAACUAUAAGCAGGCGGAAAGCACGGUGAUCAAGGCUGACAUUGGAUGUCAGAUACAAGGCGAUGUUGUUAUCGAGUGCAUCCAUGUGGGUAAUGAAGGCCACGAGCAGAUCAUGUUCAGCAUCAUGUUCAGCACUUGCUUUCUGCAGUCCAACAUGACGGCUUUCACUCUGGAGGACAUUGAUCUGCCAUGGAACUGCAACAGGGAGAAAUUUAAGGAGGACUUCAAGAUCGAGGUGUUCUUCUCAGAGGUGGAGCUGUCAGACACAGAUGAAAGCCAUGACGAGAGCGAGCUUUCCUCCAUUGGGAACGCAGAUGAGUUCUAUGACUUUGACGAGAUACUGAUCGAGGAUUCAGAUUUUGAUCAGAACGAGCGUGAAUCGCACGGUGAAGCUUCACGACAAGAUCACUAUGAAGAGCCAAACACUAACACAGAGCACAGUGAAACCGUGUCGUCAGAUAGCGCAAGUAACAGUUCAGCAGAAAAAGGAGAGGACGGUGAAACCGGGUCAUCAGAUAGCGCGAGUAACGGUUCAGAUGAAAAGGGAAACAUUAGCACCGAGGAUGAGGCCGAGUUUAUCCAUGAAGAUGGAGUUGAUGUUACUAGAGAAACCAAAGAGCCCAGAUUAGGGGAAACAAGCUAUCUACUGGAAGCUGGAAGCAGCAGUUCUAUGGCACCAAUCGUUCCCACAAUAAGGGAUAUAAAUGAAGAGAUGCCAACAGAUCUCCAAGAAGACAGAAAUGAUGGACUAAUUCCAGUGCAAGAAGGUGGCCAGAGGGUUACACCCCAGCUUAUGCGGAAAACCAGGCAGAAACAAGCUGCCAUAAUCCCAGCAGUUCCCAUCAUUAGGAAGAAGAUGAGGAGACCAGACACCGGACCAGAUGACAAGAAGCCUGCAACAUCAAAGACGCUCGUUAGAGUAGGCUCGCAGAAGGGAGCACUUGUUGCAGCUUCUAGUUCUUCCAGUAACAGAACAUCUCAAGCAAGGACAAUUCCAUCUCCUCACAGACAACAUGUGGUUCCGAGCAGGCUCAAGCAAGGAUCAGCAGCUCAGGCAAUAAGAGUUUCUUCAAACCUCUCCAAAGAACACCUGAAGCGUAGCUCACAGCAACAAGCGGGAGGAGAUCCGGAGGCUCGAAAGCACUCUGCGAGUGGCACCGCCGCGAGGCCAGAGGUGAAACAAAUAGUUUUCACCCGGCAAGCAUCUUCGUCUUUCGCACCAAGUCCUCUAGGCCGAGAGCGAAGCCAAGAAGACGGCGAAUGCAGCGGCAAUCCCAUGGAGAAAGCCAAGAAACCAGUCAUCCAUUCCUCUGAAAAACCGAGGAGUAGUAGAGUACCGAAACAAGAAUCGCCGGCCGUAGAAGCCCCUCGUCGAACAAGCACUCUGAAGAAAUCCAUGUCCUCGCCGGCAAUCUCGGCAACACCGGCCGUUUCUUCCCCGGGAAAGAGUAGGGCCCUGACUUCACUCCCUGCGGUGAAGACAUCUCGUCCUAGCUCGGGGUUGCACAUAGCUUCUCCUUCUUCCUCGCCUCGACGGCAAAAACACAGCGUGACGCUGCCUUCAUCUCCGGGAAGAUCGCCGCUCGCCGGUCCCAGAUUCAGCAGAGCGGUGCCAGCUUCUCAGCCUGAUAUGCAGCAGGGCGCAUCAGCUCCGACCAGGUUGCCUCGCCGUGCAUCAUUCAGCGAGUUAUCCCGAUCUGUAGCGACCUCUAGAGCGGCCGAUGUACACGCUGUAUCGCCAAGAGCAUCUAGAGUCAUCCAGAACCAUCGAGAAGGCGUGAAAGCAAGUGGCAGAAGCUUGUCCCCUUCAUCACCGAGAUUGACAACACAGCCAUGGCCAAAGACCACAGCAGUAGUUUCCAUGUCCAGCUCUAAAGACAGAAGUGGAACUGCACCGGCAAGGCCAACGAGAUUAAGUUCCUAA